UGACGGGACAGCAGAUUUACUGACAAUGAUAGGACUGCUACGGCAUUGGAGAUACAUUACUUCUACGACCUCGUAUAAAAAGUGAAAUAACAGUGAUUUAUUCUACUUUAUCUCUUCAUUAUCAAGCUUUGUCAUUCUUCACAUUCGAUGAGGUGGAACUGAUAGCAUGCAGCCGAGGGACAGGACAUUGUAAAUAGCAACAGUGCGCUCAGGACAGGAGGUUCAAAAGAUUGAGGACCGAAACAAUCUGAACAACAAAACCAACAGUCAUGGCUGCAGAGAAUAACUUCCCUCCAAUACCGGGGUUCAUCCCCCUGCAGCCGUGUUUCUACCAGGACUUUGAUGAGGAGAUCCCUGAACAGCAUCGCACCAUGUGCAAGAGACUCUACCACCUGUGGAUCUUGCAUGCAAUCACCCUGGCUGUGAAUCUGGUGGGCUGCUUUGUGUGGAUGCUGGGUGGAGGGGGCGUGACAAAUUUUGGCAUGGCCAUCAUAUGGUUGAUUCUCUUCACCCCCUGCUCCUAUGUGUGUUGGUUCAGGCCCAUCUACAAGGCCUUCAAGACUGACAGCUCGUUCAACUUCAUGGCGUUCUUCUUUGUGUUCAUGGCCCAGGUGGGCAUCAGUAUUAUCCAGUGCAUAGGGAUCCCAGGCUGGGGAAACUGCGGCUGGCUGGCCACCAUCUCUUUCUUCAGCUACAACCUUUGGAUCGCCUUGCUGAUGCUCAUCCCCACCCUCUUUUUCACUGCCACGGCAACGCUGUCCUUCAUCGCCCUCACCAAGGUCCAUAACUUCUACCGUGGCAGCGGGGGAAGCAUAGGCAAGGCUCAGGAGGAGUGGACUACAGGGGCCUGGAAGAACCCCCACGUCCAGCAGGCAGCGCAGCAGGCAGCUAUGGGAGCCGCCACGGGGGCCAUGAUGCCGGAUCAGCAGUACUCCAGCAACACCCCACAGUACAAUGACAACCAGAUGUAGGGGAUAAAGUGGAGGGAGGGAAGCAUGUCAAAGUAUGAGCAGGAGUUUGUUAUCUGUUUAUCCCAUCCCCCCAAAAAUGUGUCUUCAUCACAGCAGCUCUUUCAAUAGGCAAUGGGUCUUCAACCCUUUCUUUGCCCAGGGACCCUCUCCCAGGCAAACCGGCAACCCGGCAAUCAUACCCUAGCCAUUAUUUUCUUCUCAUAUGUCUUGUCUUAGCAUCAAGUGAAUGAUAUGUUUGCAAAAAUGUAUGUCCAAGUCAAGAAAGAUUACCAGCAGCCGGCGGCACUUGACGCACUGGUAGCCUACAGUAUGCCAGAUACUUCAGUGUCAGCUGGUAAUUGGCUCCAGUGAGUGUAAUUUGCUCAAUAUUUGGAGUUAAGAAAUGAUGUUGACAUCAUUAGAAAGAAGACAUUCUCCUAUUUCUACUGUAAUCAUUUAUUCUGUUGUUGCUAGCGAUAUAACCCUGCUAUAGGGCACUACACUACACUAUCACACUAUUCCAGCUGACUCUGAACACCCAUAACGUAUAGACAUUUCAUGUUCCCAGCAACAACACUGAAUUACAGUAUCUGGCUUCUACUGUGUGAUGUCAUAUUCCUGCUUCUGCUGCUUUGUUUUGACGUGUCACAUCAAAGACGUGUCCCUAUCUUAUGUCACUAUGUUAGCAGGGCCCUGUGGCCAUAUGGGGGGGGGGGGG